CUGACCGAGAAGGUUGAACUUUUCUCAACUCCGCGCCAGUGUCUCCCCCCAGUGAGAGGACCACAGAGCAGAGGUCCUCCUUUCUCUGUGUGCCCGAAAACCGUGCAAUUUCCCAGCGAGUGGUCUGCAGAAAAUAAGACGAAUUGCUGUUUACACACUGCGGAGGCGACGCUUCAGCCGUGAUACAUCGGCCAAAGGGAUCAUCCGCCGUAGAAUAGAUUGGCGAGCGCCUCAUGAUUGAUUGAAGUCGUCAUAGGGAGCAUUUUGUAGCUGUGCCCAGAGAGAAGUUGUACAAUUGAAGAGCACGAAAUUGCGCCCAAGGGACACUUGUUCCACUUUUUUUUUGAUGUGAGUGAUUUGCGGCCGAGGAUGUAGGCUAUAGCCCAGAGACUGUGAUAGCUGCAAGGACGUAGAUUGCGUGCGAGAUUCCAUACAUUUGUGGUGCGCGUCGGUCGGUUAGUGAUACUAGAUAGUAGAGACAGAGGAGGAAAUCAAUUAGUGGACAAUAUGGAGUGUCGAUAUGUCUGGCUGUAUCUCCUGAUCCACUCAGCUCUCGCCGUGCUAUCGAUUAGUGCUGCUCCCACAACGGAAAUGCCAUACAUCCGUGACACGUCCGAUGGGCUGAGCGAGAAUAAGACCGGAGUGGAUAUGACACAAAUUCCAUCCACCGAUCGCCCCCGCGCCGCCGCCCCCGCCAAUUUGUCGGCCCAGCCGACACCGGGCGCAGGUCAGGUGCGGCAGGAGGCGCCGAGGAGUGGCGAAUUUGCACAGGCGACCACGGAGUCGGUGGAUGUGACAACGCCGGCCGAGACGGAGACGCCAAGAGUCGAGAGCGUGCUGACCACAAUCCUCUACCCAUCCGCCGGGCCGAGCGAGGCGGCCACCGAGCAGAGCAGCGCAGCGCCGGAGGAGGGGGAGAAGUGGCGGUCGACGGAGGCGUACUUUAUUAAUGGUCUAUCGGAUCUGUUGAUGGAGAACAGUGGCAUCGACAGAAUAGCUGAAUUUGUUGAUGAAAUUGCCAAUCAGCACAAUUCUCAGCUGGAGAAAAUGGACUCAUCAAUUUCCACAGACGUCACCCCAACGACCACCGAAUCAGUGGAGAAAAUUGCCGAACAAGUGACUAAUUCCAUGGCGAAAAAUGCCCUGAAUACAGAGCGCGCCGAUGCGCUCGAGGACGAUGGCAAUGCCACAGCGAAUUUCACACCAACCACGGAAGUGAGUGCGGAGAAAAAUGACUCUUUUGCGGAGACAGCAACUCCUUCAGCCAUUCCCCAAUUUAUCCAGCAAUUUGAUGUAUUGACUUCAGCGAGCACGGCCAGUCCGCCGGAGAGGAGCACCCAAGCGCCGAUGGACACGUCCACGAAGAAGCCCAAGAGUGGCAAGGCGAAGAAGAAAGUCUCGAAGACUGUCGACACGAAGAAACCCUUCACGCUGAAGGCGUCUGAUUUAGUGCACGCCGCCACGACCACCACGACCACCACCCCGGCUGUCAGCACCACCACGGAGGCCCACACCGCCGCGCCGAGCAGCAGCGAGGGACCCAGUGACAUCCCCACGACCACCACGCAGGCGACGGAGGCCACCGAGGCGGCCACGACAUCGUCGGCCGCGGAGACGACCACGCGAGGGCGGCCGGAGUGGACGGGGGACGAUUACACGCAGCCGGAGAGCGAGGAUGACGUGCUGGUGGUGGAGAUUGAGGACACGGACAACUUCACGGAAGUGUCGCCGGCCGAGGAGGGGCCGGACGAUGCGAUAGAGCCGGCGAUAAAGCAAUCAGGCCGGCCCGACGAUAUGACCGACGAACUCUUCUUCCCCAUCCUCGUGGAUCGCGCCGAGGGCGCCACCACCGCCGCCCCGGCCAUUAGCCAAGAGGUACCGAUGGUGCCGACGACGCCGGCAAAUGUAGAUAAGACAGAGGCACCGAUAGACCGUGACUCGGACACAUUUUUCUAUAUAUCCAAUACAGAGGUAAAAGUUGUUGAAUCGGUACCCACACCGGAUACGCAUAAGGAGACUAAUUUUUUUCCAGAAAUCUAUGAGGAAGAUGUUUUUAUCGAUUUUUCUAAUAAAAAUCAUUCUCAUAGGGGUUUGGCACCAGAUAAGUUAGAGGAAGACAUCAUUCUGUCGCCUCUCAACUUUGACCCCCUCACUAGAGCCACGCAGAAAAUGCACAAUGACAAACAGACGAGCUACGACAGUAGCGAAAAUCAUGACGCCAUGGACCAUGUCGAUAAUAAUUUGAGCAUUAGCUACAUUGGUGAAUCCUUUAUUGAAAUUAAAGAGUCAACAACUGAGAUGGACAGCAACAAUCUCAUGAGUCCCCUCAAUUCCGACGUCAUCAUCCAGCCCGUGGCCAUGCCCGACGUGCCCCUUUCCAUCGGCGUGCCCGUCAUUGGCGAGCUGCCGCCGCAGAUUGAGCUCGUGCCGCCGGCGCAGCAGCACCACGACUUCGACAUCGAUCUGCGUGACACGUCGCACGUGUUCGCCCACGCCGGCGACUACCUGGUGAAGAACCCCUCCAUCUCCGCCGAGGUGCCCAUCCUCGAGUCCAGCACAGCCUCGUCGCGGCGCGCCAACGCCACCGCCACCGGCCAGACGCCCUUCGUGGACGACGCGGACCUUGACACAAGUUUCUCGGACCUGCAGACGCUCUUCACCGCCUGCCUCGCCACCCUCACGCUCCUCAUGGUCGUGCUCGUGAUUGUCUUCGGCGUCAGAUAUCUCUGGCGAAAAUACCGGCCCAAUCAAUUGGCAGUUAAUGGAUUGAUUGCGGACAGCAGCACAGACCCUCUGGCAAUUAAAUCCAGAACUUUGUCCACUGAUGAGUUGAAAUCUGCCGAUUCCGAGUACACGAUCAAUCGCAGCAGUGACACUUUGGAGUCUACUGCGGAUCAGGGUCGUAACACAUGCAAUGGUGCUGCCCCCAUUGGUGCUCUCGGCGCCAAAUCGAACCACACUGGCGCGAAUGGCUCCGUCAUUACUAUGACGCUAAAGAAUAACCACCUCAUUGUUGAGACGGAGGAGAGAAAUGAUAUUUCGCGAGAUGCCAGAGAGACCAAGAUGCACUACUCGCCGUCGGAGAAAGAUGGGGUGUUUGUGGUGGAAGUGGCCAGAGGAGCGGACAGCACAGGACUCGCCGAGGAGUUCAGCAAGAACAAUCAGGACAUUCUACUGCAGCAGAAGACGAACAUCGAAUUCACCGGUCCGGGAGUUGAUCAGGAGCCGCUGAUUUCGCUGAAGACCGACCCAACGCCUGAACAUCAGAAGGUGCAGAUCCACGAUCCGCCGCCGGCCGAGAAGCCCGCGGAACUUAUUCUGGAAGUGAAUGAUCUGAAGAGCGACCAACUGGCUAUUCACGCGAAGACCGGACUAACGCAGUCGAAUCUCAGCGUUUCGUCGUCGAACGGGAGCAACAAGGACUACUGCUACGGGUCGCAGGUGCCCUACACGGUGGAGACGAAGGGCUACAAGAGCUCCUCGCCGCGCAACGUGAAGAUGGACGGGCGAAAUGAGGCCGAGAGUGCGUCCAACAGCGAAGACGGUGAGGAGACGUUCAUCAACAGGAAGCCAAUUGUCACGGGAGCGAUUUACAAGCAGGACACGCUGGACUUCGAGUCGUCGAUUCCGCUGGACAUUAGCGAGGUGUCGGCCAGUAAGUGUGCCAAGGAGGAUCAACUGAUCAGCGAGCAGCAUCAGCUGGGAAAUGGGGAGAUCAACGCGCUGGAUGAGGCGAAGAAGUGGAACGACAGCGGACCUGUUGUCAACGGGGAGGCUGAGAAGGAGUCCUUCACCUACCCAGAGCCGCCGUCUUCGGAGGAGAUUAAGUGUCUGCACGACAGCACAGUGAUUGAGAACAAUAUGGACUCCCUCCCACCGCCGCCACCUGUUGACAACGCCGCCAACCAGUUGGACGAACAGAGUCUGGUCGCUGAGAGUUAAUAGGAAAAUUCCGGCAGCAGACUCUCUUGCGACUCAUAAGCUAAUUUAAAUAGAGGAUUCUGAUGGAAAAUAAAAUGCAAAAACUCUACUUGAUGUGUAGAUUUAUGUGAAAUAAGGUCAGAAAAUUGUAUUUCUGUUAUUUCUUUAAGAAAUUCUAUCGAGUUAUUGGUCGAAAAAACUUUAGAAAGACAAAAAAAUUAAAGGCAAGAAAUUAACAACCAGCACGACGAUAAAUGGAGUUGAAACGUUGAAAAAUUUUAUUCUUUAGAAAACACAUUUUAAGAAUGGAGUAUUUUGGACAGAAGAUCUAUAAACUCUCUUUCUUUUUUUUCACGAGACAUUACAAGAAAUUGUGGAAGAUUUUUAACCAAAUGGCGUCAUGAGGACCAAAGCAACACCGACUACAAUUUUGAUAGUUCCAGACUUUUGAUGCAUUAGUUGCAUAUAUUAAAAACUGACAGUUUUACGUGUAUUUUGUCACUCGAUGAAAAUUCCCGUCCUCUUGCGUGUAAUUUGUCCUUUAGUAUACGUUUUUUCGUCACCUAAUAAAUAUGCAAUAAUUUUUCUUAACCAGAGAUGAAAAGCAAAUUAAACCUCCUGAAUCACUUUUUCAAUCUCAAAAAAGAAAAUAAGAAAAAAAAACUGAAGCAUUCACGAACAUUAAAUCCCACCACUGAACCUUUGCGUUGAUAUCGUUUCCUAAGAACAAUACUAAGAACAGUCCAACUGUGGAGAAAUAACAUUAGAAAUGUUUGACUUACUAUUAGGUUAAAAUAGACGACAGAGCGUCGAAAUUUUGAUGACAUAAGUGAUAUUUUUGAAACACGAAGUAAGCUUAAUAUUUACUAAAAAGUGAAAAAGAAAUACAUUAUGAGAAAAAAAUGAUAACUAUUACCAAAAAAAAAUUGAGUAAAAGUACAUAAUAUGAAUAGUCAUUAGGAUUUUUACAUUAAAUCUUUGAAGAAGAAAGAAAAAACAAGUAAUGAGCAAAAUUGUGACAGAUAUUCAUGUGAACAAGGGGGAGAUAAUACGGCUAAACAGUGUACACCACUUCCAGACACUUCCACAAUUCCUCUGCAGAAUCUUCAACACUUCCACACACUUCUUAACACCCUUAAAAAUGCAUUUUCCAUCGCUUUUUCCACUCCAUCAACUGUUUCUCACACUCAAUUCCGACUUAUCACAAAGCUAAUCUGGGUUUUUCCAUCUCAAGAAGUUUAAACUCUUCAAAUGCUUCAGAUUUUAGACUGUAAAACAUGAUUUUAACAUCCCAGAAUUUGUUCAUAAACAAUUUUUGCCUUCAUUUUCUGGUUUAAUCUCCAGAAAAUGCUUGAAAAGAAAUUCUAGAAUCAAUUGUGAGGUUAUGAAUUUUGCUUAAAAAAUACUUCAAGCUUGAAAAUGAAAAAAUGGCGAAAAAACGAUGUUAAAUUUGCCAAUUUAGAGCACAAAUUGCAAAAAUAACGAAACAAAGAGAAUUCUCUGAGACAUUUUUGAGGUUAUGGUUGACUUUUAAGCUGUUUCCGAACAGUUUUUUUUUGUACGCAAAUGCUUAAUUUUGCCAAGAAAAGAGUAAAAUUUUCAUCUGGAACAGAAAUUAGAUGAAUUUGAAGGAUAUUUUAUCUCGCAUAAUCUCAAAUAAAAGGAAUAAAACUGAUUUUUAAGCAAAAAUUAUUAGAAAAAUGCCGCAAUUUGGGUGAAAUGGAAGUGUUUUUCAGUGAAAAUAUUUUAUAUAUUUUGCCACUUCCGAUUCUAAACACUUCCUUUCAAGCUGUACACCACUUCCGACCAUAAUAUCUACCCCUUGCAUGUGAACGUUCAUGAGAUAUUCUAGGUAUUAUUAAACGACGUCAUAAUGAAAUCCUCAUACCUAAUUAGCCAACAUUAAAUGUUUGUAAUGAUUUAAAUUAGUGUUAUUAAUUGAAAAAAAAUGUGACAUGUCAGCAUUCAUACUCACAAUUUAUCCUUCAAAAAAAAAAAGUAAUGUAAUGAUGUAAAAUAAGUAAUAACUUAGUCUCUACUCUCAGCAGAAAAUUAAUCAAAAACGUCAUUGUCCAGAAGCAUUUCUAAGGAAUCACUGUGCUUAAAUGUCUUUGGCUUUUUAUAAUUAAGAAGUAGAAAUAAAUGCUACUUCAACUUUUCUACCCAUAUAAUGUUUUAUGAUUUCAGAAAAAAAUCGGAACAAAAAUUGGAAAGAUUGAAAGAUGAGAAAACAAGGAAUUUUGAAGAUAAAAAAAAAUUUGUUUAGCAACAAGAAAAAAGGAAGAAAAGUAGUACAAUAUAUAAAUAUGAAAUUUAUACUUGUUAAAAGUAAUGUCAAUUUCUUGUCCAUCGUCACAUUAAUAAUAAAUAAAAAAAUAGUGACAAAAAUAUGAUGAAGAAAAAACUAUGAAUAAAGUAAUUGUAGAAAUAUUCCGAGAAGCAAAGAAAAUUGAAUGAAUUUUUGACACAAUAUUUUAUCAAUUUUAUUUUCUGAAAAAGAAACAACUUUAUAAGAAAAAAAUCCUUAUAUUGAUAUUUGUCGGAUUCUUAAUGAUUUCCUCUCUGGUAUUUAUUACACUUUCUAUUGUCGAGUUUAGAGGUAAAAAAAAAAUUGUAGCGAUUUUAAGAAAAAGGGACUGAAAUAUUUUAGACAGAAAGAAACGGAUGAAUUCGAAAGUGGAUUUUUAAGAAAAGACUCAUUCUUAUCAACGGCAUUAAGAAAAA